UUUCUUCGUUCACAAAUACUCAAUGUGUGAUGUUUUGGACCAAAUUAUGGCAUGAAUUUAACUUUCUGCUGAACAAAUAACGACAGAAUCUUACAAACGAAGGAUAAAUGUCAUUUCUGAAUGUGGUUAAAGGCUGAUUCACCCCAGAACAGUCCCAAGGCAUCGAUUUUUCGGUUUAUGAUGUUUAAGUGGUAAGAAAAUGGCCUUCACGACGAAUUAAACAAAUAAUUACGUUUGGAAUCGAGACUGAUAAAGCCCAGGAAUAUCACCUUAGUCGCAUUAUAUUCCCAAAUCACUACGAAGAUCAUGGCUUCAAAGUUAACUCAGUAAUCGAGAAAUCAAGAUUCGAUCAAAUGAGUGACUCCGGAGCACCGUUGCUUAACGACUAUAAACUAGACUUCUUCAAGAAACGGUUUCCACAAACAUUAUUAGGAGGAAUAAAACUUCGCCUUGGCUACGAUGCUCCUUUUUACGUGUAUUGUAACCAGGUCUUGGUAUUUCUGGUGCCUUUAUUGCUUGGUGGAGUACUGACGAUUAUUUCCGAGUAUGAAGUCUUAUCAUCUUCGAUCUGUUGCUAUGUGUAUGGAUGCUUAGUUACAUGUCUUGUACUGACCGCAAAUCUCGCUGUAUGGUUUACGAACAGACGAUAUACGAACGUCUCUAAAGUACAGCCUAAUCUCCUGGCUGAGGAAGAUGAAGUGGAGUUUGAGUCUUGCUGUGGACGUGAGACAUUCCAGUUUAUAUUUUCGACCAAGAAAAAUGCAGCAGAAAUCGUUAUUCAAGGAAUAUUUUCUGGAAUAUUAGGUGCAAUAAUGUUCCUUUACUUGCUACCUGUCAAUCUAAAUGAUCUCUAUGGCAACACCGCAGUAACUGUGAUUAUUUAUGGAUUUGGUUGGAUAGUGGUCUGUAUUGCACAGUAUUCCAUCAUUGCCACCCCUCCUCCAGAGCCAGCCAUAUUCAGACGACAUUUAUGGGUGGAUAUUGCCCCAUUCAUGCGACCAUUUUAUGUUUUGCUGUUUGGAAUUUCUGGCUUGAUAAUAGGGUCUCAUUCUACUCUCAUUCUUUUGAAUCAAGUUCUUCAUGCUGUUUUCCCAUUUUUACUUUUCCUGUGGACAUUUGGAACUCUCCCUCCACUGGAUGCCCUUUUUUCCUGGGUAACCGAGCAGCUCUUGGUAUUUAUUCUUGGUGGAUCUCCCAUGGCCACAGAUUUAAGGCUUAUUGUGAUGCUACUUAUAUCCAUGAUUCCUGCAAUUUUGGCCAUAUUUAUUCCCAGCCAUGUUGUUGUCAUUAUCCUCUCAAGCCUCUUUGGGUACAUCUUAAGUUUGGACAUAUUCAGCAUCGCUGCCUUGAUAAGAUCCAAGAUAACUAAUAAUAUCUCUCCCAAAAAACCAAGUGCCCAACAAUGGUCCAUAAAAGAAAUUAUAAUAACACUGACUCUGUUGGUCCUGGCUGUGACAUGUGGCAGUGUUGGUGUCGUUCUCUCUGAUAAAGUCACUUCAUUGGAUGGUUUUAGCUUAACAUUUUGUGUGCUGCUAUUUAUACUCAAGUGUAUGGGUGAUAUGCAAGGAGUCUAUAUCAUGGGGUUUGUGAGAAAUCCUUUGUACCCGAGAAGUAUAGAAUCGAGAACAAAUUUUGAUAAGAGAAAGAGAAGACUCAGAUACAUUGCCUUGGUGUACCACUUCUUGUUGUCAUAUGUGUGUCCUCUUUGCAUGGUAACUUUCCUUGGACUUGGACUUCAAUCACAAAGUACUGGAUUCUUGGCAGUCAUGACGGCUCUUGGUAUUGUGAGGGCUCUUAGACAGGUGUGGCAGAACACUUUCAACAGUCUUCUUGAUCUCUCCAUAGUGUGUGUCAUCAAUGCAUAUCUUGUAGCAUAUACUGCAACUUGGUGGAACAAUGCUGGCCUUGCAAUACAGCUUGUCUUGGUAGCUGUAUGCCGAGACAGACUCCAACAACUGUUCCAGAAGGUUGUUUUCAUGUCCAACCUUGCUGUGACUUCUUUUGGUCUCAAGAAGCAACGCCACAAAUCAAUUCCUACCAUUCUUAUUUUGUCAGUCUUCCUAUUUCCUAUAGUGUUAUCAGUGAUUCUAGUGAGUGCUGUCUUGUCGUCACCUCUUCUCCCAUUAUUUUGUCUUCCUUUGUUUGUCAUUGGGUUCCCUCGUCCACUUCGCUCAUGGCCUCAAGGAGGAGACACUGUUAUCUCGUCCGGUCCUGAUGCUGUUUACUACCAGCAAUUAACUCCAAAAGUAAUAUCCUCACUUAGCCAGUCCCUUGCAACAGGGUCCCUUGGGAGUAGACAAGCAGGAGACCAUUUCAUGCUGAGAUUCCAGGAUAGAUUAGUUUGGAUUCAUGUGUUAGAGUGUGGCUACCGGUAUUCCUGUGCUAUAGUCAAGGGACUAGAGAUGCAGGAGACGUCAUGUCAUACUGUUGAGGCUGCAAGGCUGGAUGAGGUCUUUGAAGCUGCAUUUGUACGUGAAGAUGAGCAAUCUAUAAUCUACUGUAACCCUUAUCCUUGGAACACUUUAAGACCUUGCGAUGUUGCUAAACUUGACUCGUAUUCUGAUGCCAGGAAUGUCCUAACUGGAAUUAUUGACCAGCCAGAAAAUUUACAGAAAGUCUCAGAGAAUUUCUUAAAAACUCUCAUUUGGGUGUUUAUCCAAGACCGCAAAAAUUCCAACAGGAAUGCUGGUGAAAGAAUGGCAACCAGAGAAAUGAAAAGUGGAAAAAUGAGAGGGGGAAGUACAACUAAUACUGAAAUAACUGUAGUCAGAAUGCCAAGUCGUGAUGGCAAUCAUGUUGAUAAUGUUAUGAUUACUUCUUCAGAAGCUAGGAAAACAGAGCCCGUAGCUUUGCCCAGAAGCAGCUCUUUACCUAGCAUCAAUGGAAGUAUCUGGUCUCAAGACAGCUUACUUGUUGGAAACAAUGUUUCUCCUAAGGGGCUCUCCCAAGUGAAGCAUGAAAACAAAGGGAAGGAUGUUGAUAGCUUGAAUUCCUUCGAACUUGAUGAACUUACUGCAUUUAGACCAGACAAAACUCAAACUCCUGAGUUUUCUUUUGGGGGAUUUCCAGCAGUUGAUACGGGCAAGAAAGCCACAAAGACUGGUGGAGAGUUUAGAGAAACUACUCUGAACACAAUCGAAGUUGAAGACACACAUGUCAAUAGCACAAAGACAAACACAUUCGUUGCUACCCCAUUCCAUUCUGAGACCUCAUACCAAUUAGACUUGCCUUUAAAAUGGAAGUCAGAACUGCCUCUCACGGACAAACAGUUAAAACCCAUCACUACAAAGUUUCCCCUGUCGUGGUAUCAACAUGUCCUAUAUAUUUCAGAAUUAAAUGCAAAUACUGACGAUUCCAUAGCAAGUGAUUCAGUACUGAUGGAAUGUUACGAGCAUUUAGUGUCUACAUGUUUUGCUUUAGUCGAGGUGUUGGGGUAUCCAGGGGCAUCUUCUUUCAGUUCAGGGCCUGUGCACCCAUUAAAGGUGUUUAGUGGGGAGAUUCCAUGGUCACUACAUUCAGACUGGUUGCAGAAGGAAUGUCAGCUUAUGGAUCUCGUCGUCAAGGCAUACAGGUAUGCCUUUAAGUUAAUGUAUGACGAGGCUGUUCUUGGUGAAGUAACAAGCCACGAGGAGUUAGCGGAAUAUCUGACAGAAUAUGAUAAUGAUUGGUACAUGGGUAAAGACACUGACGAGGACUGGGCAAGAGCAGUCAUUAACAAUAAACCCAACUUGUUUUCGCUUGGACGCAACCCAGAUGACGGAACUUACACCAGUCGGGUAUUAACAAAACAAGCAAUCCUUGCACCUGUUGGUCAUUUGAAUAGUGAAGCUGUUCGUGGCCAUUGGGCGUCAUUAGCUCUUGAAUUACUUUACUUCACCAAUGACGACGAAGAGAGAUACAGUAUUCAGGCCCAUCCUGUUCUCUUGAGAAACCUGACAAUACAAGCAGCCGACCCCCCACUUGGGUACCCUGUGUACUCUUCUGGACUUGUCUCUGUUCCUGUGCAUGUUUCUCCUUUGUAAGGAUUAUGAAUUUGGGUACCCUGUGUAAUUGUAUGGACUAAUCAAAUUCUGUUGGGUGCCCUGUGUAGAUCUGAAAAUAAAUAUUGUAACAUAUGAAGGACAUAUACCUCUAUAGAAAAAGAUGUAAAUAGUGUGAAAAGUUAUUGGCCAUAAAGAAAGCAUGAAAAGAUUCAAUAGACCACUUGCACCGACUCCCAAGAAGAAUUUUGUCCCCCAGAACAAUUCCUCUAGGACAUUAAUGCAAGGGAUCUAUACUCCAAUUUCAAGUUCUGUGUUGCUCAGGAUUAGCCUUGAUUUUGGGCAGAAUAUUCAUGUGUUCCAGUGAAGGUCCGUGGAAUUUCAAAGUGUUUGUCGUUUGUAUUGUUGAAGUUGUGCAUUCUUUACUUCACAGUACUGUAGUUGGUAUCUGUGAAUAAUUAAACACUGAUACAAGGCUAAGCCUGUGUGAAUGAAUCUGCACUCAAGGAACACAGCAGUAAUUUGGAACUUGAAACUGGUCUAUUUUAUCAUGGAAGAAUGUUUUCUGUAGUAACCUUCUCCAAAAGAAAAUGGAUGGGAGAAGAAACGAUUCUACUUCCACACUUUACUAAAAUAAAGCCUCAAUAACAUAUACUAUA